CCGUUCUUGAACAUAAACAUCGUCUCCGCCCAAAGUUGCCCAUUGCUCCUGUCCUUUUACCUCUUGUUUACUUCCUUCGCCAACAACCUUCUAUUUCGGGCUGGGUCACCCUCGACUAACAUACAGCAUCAGUCAUCGCUCCAUCUAUCACGACUCACAACAUUCCUUUCACGGUGUUUUCACCAGGCUUGACCCAAAGCACUACCCCCUUGUAAAUAUUACACCGAUCAACAAUUAGAUAGCCAAGAUGCCUCCACAGGCUCGGGCCACCCGUACGCGCCUCGCCGGCAACGAGAACGACGAGAACAGCAGCACGACGCGUCUUACAAGAGCCCAAGCUGCCGCUCUCAAGGUUGAUGAGCUAUCAAUGCCUGCUAAGGCUGCCCUGCAAACAAAGAAGUCCACAGUCAACGGUACCGCCGCCAGUAACACGCGGAAACGCGCUGCAUUGGGCGAUGUCAGUAAUGUAGGAAAGGUCGAUGGUGUUGCUGGAAAGAAGGCCAAAGGAUUGGUCUCCAAGGCUGCUCAGCCCACCGGUAUUGAGAAGAAGACCGCGCGUCCUACCACAAGAACUGCUCUCGGCUCGAAGCCUACCAACUCCAAGACUCAGUCCGGUUCCGGUACCAUAAACAAGCGAAAGGUUGUAACAGAUACCGCCAACACCAAGAUAAAAGCUCCCGUCAACGAAAAUGAGCAUCCUUCCAAAAAGCAGCAUCUUAUUCCUGAGGAGCGUGAACGAUCAGAGACACCAGUCGAGGUUGAAGUCGAGAAGCCUGAGGUCUCUCUGGACAAGGCUGAGGUACAAGAUGCACCUUUCGAGUACCCUCCUGGCGUCAAGGACUUGGACAGCGAGGAUCUAGAAGAUCCUCUUAUGGUUGCCGAGUAUGCCAAUGAGAUCUUUGAGUACUUGCGCGAUCUUGAAUGCAAGUCGAUUCCCAAUCCUCAAUAUAUGUCUCAUCAGGACGAGCUCGAAUGGAAGACGCGUGGUAUCUUGGUCGACUGGCUCGUUGAGGUCCAUACCCGUUUCCAUCUACUCCCCGAAACCCUCUUCCUCGCCGUCAAUCUCAUUGAUCGCUUCCUAUCCGAAAAGGUUGUCCAGCUUGACCGUCUCCAACUUGUGGGAAUCACUGCCAUGUUUAUCGCUUCUAAGUACGAAGAGGUCCUCUCUCCUCACGUCGAGAACUUCAAGCGCAUUGCCGACGAUGGCUUUACUGAGGCCGAGAUUCUGAGUGCUGAGCGAUUUAUUCUGAGCACACUCAACUAUGAUCUCAGCUACCCCAACCCUAUGAACUUCCUCCGCCGUGUCUCCAAGGCAGACAAUUACGAUAUCCAGUCUCGAACCAUUGGAAAGUACCUGAUGGAGAUUGGCCUGCUGGAUCAUCGAUUCAUGGCCUACCGACCUAGUCAUAUUGCCGCCGGUGCCAUGUAUUUAGCGCGACUGAUGCUUGACCGUGGCGAAUGGGAUGAGACUCUUUCUUACUACGCUGGUUACACUGAGGACGAGAUCGAGCCUGUCGUUCACCUCAUGGUUGAUUACCUCGCUCGCCCUGUCACUCAUGAAGCAUUUUUCAAGAAGUAUGCUAGCAAGAAGUUCUUGAAGGCUUCGAUCCUUGCCCGCCAAUGGGCGAAGAAGAAUGCUGUUCUAUUUGGCAUCACCGACGUUCAUCUGAGCCUUGAUGAGCUAUCAUAGGCACUUUCAAGCCACCACUUUUUAUGGCACAUCUUAUUCGAUAUUCUGAAGAACAGGAUACUCGGCUAGCGGUUGGAUUCAGCUACACCGCCGCC